AGUUAUAAAACGGUCAUACUACACGGUGGUUGUAUUAAAUUUAAACUUCACAAAAAAGUGUUUGAAAAUCGUUGCUUUAAAGUGUUUGAAGGAUAAUGUAUAGUGUAAAUAAUGUUAAAGAAAUACCCGACUCGAAAACCCACAUCAAUUCAGCAACCUCAUUAACCGACUCGCUCAAUGGCUUUGUUACCGAUGAGAAUAACAGCAACGGUUGUGUUGCUAAUAGUGCAUUCAAUACAAAAACAACAGCAAUAGCGAUCAUCAAUAGCGCUGAGCAAACCGCCAAUAAAACUGCACACCCACACAAAGAAACCGAAAACAAUUUGGAGAGCAGCGUUGCAGCCACAUCAUGUGAGUCUAAUAAAAGCGCAGGAGCGAUAAAACCGACAACAAUCACAAACAUUUGCCACACACACAACAACAACACAACACCACAUUGCAGUGAAUCAUUAGCUACAUUAAGCGCAACAACGCCAAGUGAAGCGGCAGCAACAGCAAUAGCAACAACCGCAGAGGCCAGCGCCACUGCAACACCAACACCAACACCAAUUAGUGACUUUUAUCAAAACGCCACCGUUCUUAUCACCGGCGGCACCGGCUUCGUUGGCAAGGUGCUCACACAGAAGUUGUUGCGCGCUUUCGAGUUGCGCCGAAUUUAUAUGCUAAUCCGUUGCAAGGACAAUAUGUGCGUGGAGGAGCGACUGGAGAACUUCUUCAAAGAAUCGAUUUUUGACACCAUACGUACGGAACAGCCGGAGCUUUUUCGGAAGGUGCAUGCAGUACGUGUUGACUACAGUGCCAUUGAUUUGGGCAUUGCAGCGGAGGACAGGGAAAUUUUAUGUGAUGAGGUUGAGAUCAUUUUCAACGUUGUCGCUUCGGUAAAGUUCAAUGAGAAGCUCAGCGAUGCAAUUGACAUCAAUGUUUUGGGAACAAAAAAGAUACUCGAUUUAUCCAUGGAAAUGAAGAAACUAAAGUCACUUGUGCACAUUUCAACGCUCUACUGCAAUUGCAAUCGGAAAUACAUCAAGGAGCGUGUGUAUGAAAAUGAUAUUGGCUAUGAAAAAAUCAUGCAGAUCUUUCGCAUCUUCGACGAUGAGACGCUGGAAAAAUUUCGUCAUUGCCUGAUCGGUGACAUGCCCAACACAUACACUAUGACCAAAAAAUGCGCUGAGAAUUUAGUUAAUCAUCGAGCUUUUUAUAUGCCUGCGGGUAUUUUUCGUCCACCCAUCGUUAUGUCAACCUACAAGGAUCCAUUUCCCGGCUGGACUGAUAAUUUGUAUGGGCCAUCAGGUUUGUGCACUUGGUCGGCGCGCGGUCUAGUGCGCUGCAUCUACGGUCGGGCUAACUGCAAGGCCAAUAUGGUGCCGGCAGAUUACUGUGUCAAUGCAAUGAUUGCCAGUGCAUGGGACAUAGCCAGAAGAUUUUUAUUGCGCAAAAGUGAUACACAAUCCAAGGAGGAAUUACCUGUCUACAAUUACAUUUUCGAUCGGAACAAUUUAACAUGGGGCCAAUAUAUGCGCAUGUCGCGUGAGGGAUUUCACGAGCCAUUUGACAAGGCAUUGUGGUGUUUCUCUUACGUUAUAAUUCCAUCAAAGCCACUACAUUAUGCCGUUGCAUUUUUCCUACACAAUAUACCGGCUUAUAUUUUAGAUUUCAUUGCCUUGGUAACGGGACGAAAGCGCAUCUAUAUAAAAGCUUAUCGUAAAAUCUCGCGUGUCAUUUAUAUGAUGUCUUGGUUUGGUCUGAAAGACUGGCGUUUCGCCCACAAUAAUAUUGAUGAAUUGGAUGCGAUGCUUUGCAAGACACAAGAAAGGAAUUUAUUGCAAUUCAAUAUGGCCACGAUUAAUUGGAGGGAAUAUUUUCGCUCAUAUCUAAGUGGUAUACGGCGCUAUUUCUUCAAGGAUAAUGAUAAUAAAUUGCAGAAGCGGCGUGCAUUUUAUCGCAGGCUACAAAUCUUGCAUCAGCUACUCAAAACUACGUUCGGACUUGCCCUAAUUGCAUGCCUUUUGAAGAUGUACUUCAAAAUUUUUAAGAUUAUACCGAAAAUUGCAUUUUAACUGGCGAGAUGCUGAGUAGAAUGUACUUUCACUUAAAUUAUAAGAAAGCACGAGCUGAGAUAUUAAUUUCAAUUUCAUUUUAUACUUUGAGUAAUAUGAGCGAAGUGAAAGUUUUGUAGUCAACAAGCAUUAAUUUCUUCAGUAGAUCAUAAGCAGAUGAAUGUGCGGUUAUGUGUGAGACCAAUGAAAUAAAUAAGAAGUUUUUAAAAUGGAAUUGAA